AUGAAUAUUCCCAAGGUAAAGUUCCAUCCACCCGAAUUGAUGUCAAUAUGGAAAAGUGCUGAUGAUAAUUCAGCAAAUGAUACGGUUAAUAGCGGAAAUGUCCGACUUUACAGUGUGCUUGCUGAAAAGCUUGGACUUGAUGCAUGUAGCGUUGAUAUGCAACAGAUGUGCUUGUUGGACAUUUAUGGAAACAUUGUCCUAUGGGCCCAAAAGAGAGAGCUCAGUGUCCAAGCUUCAACCACAUGCCUGAACCUAGUGAAUAAUGCACUAGUGUGCAUCGCAGGUGAAGACGCAAAUAUGGAGAGCUCAUUGGAUACAUUUGUUCAUCAAGUGGGCGAAUGUUUUCAGGCAGAGGGAAUGACAGAUCUCAGCAAAGUGGAGCAAUUGUCUAUUCGCAACUAUUUUAUAAGCAAUAUGUGGCAACAUUUCCACCUGUACAAGUACUUAUUGAUUGGGCAAAGAGCAGAGGAAGUUAUACAACUCUCGUUGUGUUUGGAUGUUCCCGUGGACGAAGCGACUGUUCCACCACUGCUUAAUGAAGCCCUUCACGAACAAAUAUACAAUGACUUUGUUGCUCCGCAUGUGGCGCCAUCUGUUGACUGAGUUAGUACACAAAGCUAGUAUAUUUCUGUAAGCAGGACGGCAACCUGGUAUUUCGUGAGUAAGUAAGUAAGUAAGCCUAGGCCUAGAACCUAGCAAGUAGAUGUUCUCUAUUGCCUGUGUGUCGGCUCGUAGAAAACAUGUAGCCGGAAAUAAUGUUCCUUGCCUUGCCGUACCUUGCCCUAUAACUAUUGAUGUAUAUAAAUGUGGAAAUGAAAAGUGUGUAGGUUGAUCAGUGUAAACUUGCCGUUGCCAUAAGUUGUCUAGUGAAAUUUUCCCUAUUGUUUAGUUUAAAACAUUGCACGUGUGAUACAUCUUUAAAAUGAACUGAAGUGUAGGUAUAAUUCAUAGUUCAAAUAUAUUAUAGGCACGUCUAUCAAGGCAA